UCGAUACAGAUUCACAAUUUUGCGGUAGCAUUAGGUUUUUGGAAGAAAGUACAGCGAUGAGUCGGAGCUUAGGCAUACCGGUGAAACUUCUACACGAGGCAACAGGGCAUAUAGUGACUGUAGAGAUGAAAAGCGGCGAGCUUUAUAGAGGAAGUAUGGUCGAGUGCGAGGACAACUGGAAUUGCCAGCUCGAAACCAUCACUUACACUGCUAAAGACGGAAGGGUGUCACAACUGGAACAUGUUUUUAUCCGAGGCAGUAAAGUCAGGUUCAUGAUAAUUCCAGAUAUGCUUAAGAAUGCUCCCAUGUUCAAGCGUCUAGAAGCUAGAAUUAAGGGCAAAGGUUCAUCACUUGGUGUUGGAAGGGGACGUGCUAUGGCAAUGCGUGCUAAAGCUCAGGCAGCAGGUCGUGGAGCAGCACCUGGUCGGGGUGCUGUACCCCCUGUAAGAAGAUGAUUGACCCAUGCAGGAUUUCAUAUGAUGUGGUUGAGAUUUUCUUAUGUUUAUUGUAUUGGCAUACGCUUCUGUUCCCUUGUAAUCUAAGAAGUAGUAAGGAACACACUUGGUUUAGAAUUUCAACUACGAUUUGAGAGAAGCUGAGUGUCUAGUUGCUCUGCCCACAAGUCUCUACGAAUACUACAAGUCAAUUUGUUGGGAAAAGUUAUCCAAAAAUUUCGAAUGAAAUUGCUCUAUAUAUGAGGCAAUCAUGAAACCAA